AACAGUAUAUUCUUUUUAAAACUAGCAUGUAAAAUAGUUAUUAAAAUGUUGUUAUGGAAACGAAAGGUUCCCACUCUCCGUAGUUUAGAAAUUUUCUCUCAAGCAAAGUACGAUGGAGAUAAUGAUGAUGAUGCUAAUGAUGAACCUAAAAGAAAAAAUGUUUGCAUAAAAUCUAUAAAUAAAAAAAAUAUUGUUGAAAAUGUAGAUGAUAAAGCUUCAAGAAGUAAUCAAUGUGUAAAGAAAGGAAUUGUUUUAGCAGAAACAGGAAGAUAUUGGGAAUCAUUACACUACUUUGAUGAAGCAAUUCUGUGUACUCCGAAUGAUGCAAAGAUUUAUGAAAUGAAAGCUCAGGCACUGCUUGAACUUAGAGAACUUUACCCAGCAUUAGAAGUUGCUGAAAAAGCUGUUAAAAUUAAUACUCAAUGGGCAGAAGGCUUCCAAACUUUAGGACGAUGCCAAAUCAGCUGUGGUGAGAUAAAGCAGGCAUUAAAAAAUUUUUGCAAAGCUUUUCAUUUAAAUCCAAUCUUAGAUGAGUUAUAUGAAGAAGAUAUAAAAUGGGCUCAACAACUACUUGUACAGCAACAACAAGUUCAGCAAAAUCAAGUUAAACAACCUUGUAAUAAUUGUCUUCUAAGCAAGGAAGUAGAAACUUCUAUUUUGUAUAAUUUUGAUUAAAAUAAAACUAUGGUAUAAACUUCA